UCCCGGGUCCUCAGGAUCACGCCCUGGGCCGAAGGCGGCACUAAACCGCUGAGCCAUCUGGAAUGCCCCUGUUUUUUUUUUUUUUUAAAUCUAUAUUUGAAUUCCCAAGUUCCUACUUUUAUUGUAUUUGCUGACAUAUAUUUAAAUGCAUUGAUUCUCGCUGUGUUUGGUCCUGGGGGUUGGGCCACUCUCUGAGGUUUUUAAUUUUCAUGAGAUUCCUCUCAGGGUUAUUGCCUAUCUGGGGCUCCUGUUCUUGGAAGUAUGACAAGUUGCCACCAUGUUCGAGUUUCAUUUUAAAGUGUUUUAAGGAAGAGGUGAAAAUUUUUUGAAAAGAGCAGAUUUUUCAAUAUGACUUCAGAGACCACUUACACUGAACUAAGUUUCAAAAGUGAACCCAAGUCCUCAGGCAUCAAAUGAUGGCCUCCUGCAGCUCCCAAAGAAAAGACUAGCCCACACAAAAGUAACCCCAGUUUUCCCAAGCUACUUUCUGUCUCAUUGCUGAUACUUCUGCUCCUAUUGGCAAUCUCAUUUUUUAUUGCUUUUAUCAAGAAAGAUUGGAGCUGCUGCCCAAAGGAUUGGAAGUCAUUUAGUUCCAACUGCUACUUUAUUUCUACUACACCAAGAAAUUGGACUGAGAGUGAGAGGAACAGCUCAGAAAUGAAGGCUGACCUGCUGGUGAUUAACACCAAGGAUGAACAGCCAGAGAGGACUGAGGCUCCUGGGCAGGGCCCCAAACCUGGAUAUAUAUAUUCUGCUUAUUACAUAGGGCUAUCAGAUCCAAAGGGAAAAAGAGAUUAGCAAUGGGUUGAUCAAACACCAUACAAUGAAAGUGUCACAUUUUGGCACUCAGGUGAACCCAGUAAUCUUGAUGAGCAUUGUGUCAUGCUACAUUUUCAUUAUUUUUCAAGACAAUGGGGCUGGAAUGAUGUUCCUUGUAAUGGACACCACAAGUUGCUUUGCAAGAUGAAGAAGAUCUACUUAUGAAUGGGAACAUUCUACAUAAAACUGUGGUUGAAUUGGUACCCACCAUUACAGAGAUAGCUAAUUUGCUCUUUUUAGUCAUGUGUUAGUCUUGUGUAAGGAAUCUCCAUAGCAUUUUUCAGUAGGCUGUCACCUAUUCCAUUUAUGAUAGAAUCAGUGUGCACAUCCAUUCAUUUGUUCCUUCGUGUGUAGAGACCCUUUUGCAGACACAUGGAGCAUGAAAAUUCUUUUCUAAUUUUUGUCUGAGUGCUAAGGAGUUAGAGAUUGAUAUAUGAUGAGGUUCCUCCAUCUGUCUGGAUUUUUUUUUUCUCAUGAGGUUGGUCAAAAGCAAAAUAAUUCCAACUAUUACUUUCCAUUUCUCUCAGAUAUAUUUAUUACUUUUAACUGAAGCGUAUUAUGUGACAGUUUGGAUAUAAUACACAUCAAUGGAAGUUAAGUUCCAGCUUUGUCCCAGUAGAAUAUUUGGAGAUCUUAACAUUCUCUGAUCAGUCUUGGACUUUAUUUAACAUCAGGGUACAGUCAAAGGGAAAUCAGAAAUUGAAUAUUAGAGAUUUAGAAUUAGAAGUUAUUACUAGUGAGUUGACAUGGAUUUAUAGUCGUUAGGUAUUCUAAUAGUUUUUUUUCUUUGCUUAAGUUUUAUAAGGUUUCUAUGUGUAGAUUGCCACUCAAAAUAGCUCACGGUUUGUUUGUGUUCCCCUUUUCACUGAAGUUCUUACUGAUCAUUUUGUUUCUGCUACAAUAUACAAGUAUAUCAAAUUUACAAAAAAGUCUGUUAUUCAUUACUUUCAUAUGCUAAUUAUAAUUGAUCAGAAUAAAGCUGAUUUUAGGCAUGGCU